AUUACUUUCUCUAAGCUUGAUUUUAUUGUAUAGACGUGAUGGUUGCUUUAUCUAUAAAGCAGGUGGAACUCAUGUUUGGAGAGUACUAUCAACUUAGCGUUUCUUUAGAGAGUUCGCCUUCGCCUUUGGCUUCUUCUCUUUCCAUCUAGUUCUUCCCACUGUUGUUCAUCCGGAGAAAUAUUCCGCUCGUGAGAAAUAUUCCCGUCUUUUAGCAACUAGGUCUAUUCCUUUCAUGAGCUAUAGUUCAUCUGGAGUUUAUGGCUUCGUCACCGCCGUCGACGCGCACCGUGAUUGAGAACAUGUCGGUAGUGGAUGGCGGCGCACUCGACUGCAGCGCGUGCUACUCCCCACUGAAGCCGCCAGUCUUCCAGUGUGACGUGGGACACCUGCUGUGCUCAUCGUGCAGCGAGAAGAUGGCCGGAGCGCGGAGGUGCCAUGCGUGCCGGCGCGUCCUCGACGGCGCUGGAUACCGCCCGUGCUACAGCGUGGACCGUAUCUUGGGGUGCCUGCAGGUGUCAUGCCCCAACGCCGGCUACGGCUGCUCCGCCAGGCUGGCCCGCCACGACCAGCGCGCGCACCUCCUCCAGGCGUGCCGGCACGGGCCAUGCCACUGCCCGGCAGAGGCCUGCGCCUUCAUCCGCCCGGUGACGGCGCUCUGGGACCAUUUCUCCGCGGCGCACGGGUGGCCGUGCACCACCGCCGUUCUGACCGGGGGCGAGAACAGCGUCCACCUCCGCGACGGCUUCAGUGUCGUCAACCUUGUCUUCUCCUGCUGAGGGGGUUCCCUGAUCAGUGGGCCGUCUCCGCUAUCUGCUUCCACAGAAGCAUGCACUGACUGAUUGAUGAUCCCUUGUCUCUCGACGACAAUCAAAAUGCGACUUAUAUUUGGACGGCGUAGUAGUAAUUAGCAUCGGGAAGAUAGAUGCAGUAUAUCAUUACUGGUCUCAUGCAUAUCUUUGUUAGUUCGAAAUAUUCCAAGGAUCAAUGGUUCGUCCUGCGUUAUGCAUUUUGUUAGUAUUGAUGAGUUUACGCAAUGUGGUACAGCAACUGAUGUAGGCGAGACUACUCGUUUGAUGCUGCUGACUGUUGUCAUGUGCUAAUGAUUAUUGGCGUGG